AUGAUGGCCGGUCUUUUGUCCCUGGUGCAGGAGCUGCUGCCCAUGAUCAUCCCGGGGUCUGUGGAGAUCACCAGGGCCGAGGAGAUCCGGCCGGCCUCACCGUUGACCGAUGACGACGAACCGACGACGGAGCCGACCGGUGCCGAGAAAGCUGGCGAUGUCGUCGUUGCCGGAGAGGAGGAGGAUGCAUCGGUAUUGGGGAGAAGCAGCAGCCAGCCAAACACGCCGGGCCCGGGCAUAGAACCGAUAGAACCGACAGCUGAUAGCACCGCCCGAGAGAGCCGCAUCGACGGCAGCUUGCCAGAACGGCCUCCCAGCAGAACCACGACAGAAAAGGACAAUCUCCACGAUGUUCCAGGCAGACCGGAAGGGCCACAGCAGCCGUCAACGUCCAAUCCCCUCCCUCCCACAGUCUCGCCCCGUCGCCGCCGCACUGGCGUCUCCAUGCGCGACGCCAUGGUCCACAAGUCCGACCGCAUGUGUGCUGUUGUCCUGACAGUGAAACCGCUGUGUUCUACUGUCGUUUUCCACAACGCAGAACAAGAGUCCAUCGUCUACGCUGUCGCUGGCACCGCCGUCCUAUCGACACUUUCCGAAGACCAUGACGCUCACGACGACAGCGACUCGACUGUACCGCCUCCACCUCCAGCCCGUCACGUGCUUGGCCCCGGAGACUUUGCCUUUAUACCUGCUUGGGUCGAACACCAGGUAUCCAACGAGAGCCCCGACACAGACGUCGUCUGGGUGGUUGUCCGCACAGGUCCUGAGCCUACAGUCGUGCCGUUGUCCGAAUGGGGUGGUCCUGAAGCCUGA